CAUGGAUUGAUUCAACUCUGUGUGUGUGUAAUCCAGGUCUAUGCUGCCAGAUGUAGUGGAUGACUUCAGACUGGCCAACCCCUACUCUAAAGGCCAUGAAGCCAUUUUCUACUCAUUCUACGUCUUCUUCACCAAGUUUGCUGCUGGCAUCUCCCUGGGAGUGUCCACCCUCUGCCUGGAGUUUGCAGGGUAUGACACCGGCGCCUGCAAGCAGCCUGCUCCUGUAGUGUACACCCUGAAGUUGCUGAUUGGUGCCGCUCCAGUGGCCUUCAUUGUUACAGGGUUAAUGAUCCUGGUCCUCUAUCCCAUCAGUGAAGACGUACGGCUCAGGAAUAAACUCUGCCUGGAGGAGCUACGGUGAGCAGAAAUCAUAGAUUUACACCUGAGAAAAAAACACAAACUGUUCAACCUUUAAAGGAGCACUCCACAGAUUUUACACAUUUAGGUCAGCAUACUCUGUGUAAUCGCCAUGAAUAGCACUACUCAGCUUGUGAAAACAGUUGUAUGUCUUCUGAGGUCUGG